GGGCGCCCGCCCCCUCGCCGUGCUCCUCGCGCCCCGGAAGGACAAGCGGGUGCUGGGAAGAUGGCGGCGGCGAGCGAGCUGGCGACGGCCCCGGUGUGCGUGCUAGUGCUGGGCAUGGCCGGCUCCGGGAAAACCACCUUCGUGCAGCGACUCGCGGCCCACCUGCAUGGGCAGCGCUGCCCCCCGUACGUGAUCAACCUGGACCCCGCCGUGCACGAUCUGCCCUUCCCGGCUAACAUCGAUAUCAGGGACACUGUGAAGUACAAAGAAGUCAUGAAACAAUAUGGGCUGGGCCCAAAUGGUGGAAUAGUGACCUCUCUCAAUCUCUUUGCUACAAGAUUUGAUCAGGUGAUGAAGUUUAUUGAAAAAAGGCAAAAUGCAUCCAAGUAUGUUAUUAUUGACACACCAGGGCAAAUUGAGGUAUUCACCUGGUCAGCAUCAGGAACCAUCAUAACUGAGGCCUUGGCUUCCUCUUUUCCUUCAGUUGUUGUUUAUGUGAUGGACACCUCUCGCAGUACUAACCCAAUCACCUUUAUGUCCAACAUGCUGUAUGCCUGCAGUAUCCUGUACAAGACAAAGCUACCUUUCAUUGUUGUCAUGAACAAAACUGACAUAAUUGACCACAGUUUUGCAGUAGAAUGGAUGCAGGACUUUGAGACUUUUCAGGAUGCCUUGAACCAAGAGACAUCCUAUGUCAGUAACCUGACUCGUUCUAUGAGUUUAGUGUUGGAUGAAUUUUACAGUUCACUGAAGGUGGUUGGUGUUUCUGCUGUGCUCGGCACAGGACUGGAUGAUUUUUUUGUUCAGCUUUCUAAAGCUGUAGAUGAAUAUGAGAGAGAAUACCGUCCAGAAUAUGAGCGCCUGAGAAAAACACUGGAGAAAGCUCAAAAUAAACAAAAGAGAGAGCAGCUGGAACACUUGUGGAAGGACAUGGGCAGCGUUUGUGUGCAGGGCAACACACUCGCAGGGUCUGAUGAUGCUUCUGCAAUGGGUCCCUCCGAGCUGAUCCUAACACGAGGAACUCUUGACGAAGAAGAAGAGAGGCAGAGUGAUACUGAUGACAUUGACCAUGAAGUUACUGAGGAGAGUCAUGAAGAACCAGCUUUCAGAAACUUUAUGCAAGAGACACGGAUGAAAUACCAGAGAAGCAUCAAACCGAGUGAAUGAGACCUUCGGAAAUAGAGGGUUUGGAAUCCCUUGUAAUGGAGUUAAAAGUAAAGGAACAGCAUAAAGAAACUUGCAUGGAACCAUGCAUGAAGUCUUAUAUCUGUGAACAACUUCCUCUGACAUAUUUAUAUCUUUCUUCCUGCAGUAACUGUUGGCUAUAUGAGUUGAAGGUCUUGUAUCCAACUGACUGCACAUUUGGCUGUCUGCCACUGUGACUCCCUGAAGCUGAAGGAACCACAUAGGACUUUCUUUUGCUCCAAAUUCUUUAGAUGUGCCUGUUGAGAGCUCAGAUUUUGAGCUCUGACAGUAUUAGCAUCUAGAGUAUUUCUUGGUCUCCAGAAGUGUGUUCUGUUCACCUUGUGCAGACAGGUGUCUGCUGCAGCCAGGACACGAGUGAGAUCUCUGCUGCAUGAAACUUCAUCAAUCUAGUGUUUGAUGUUUUGGUUUUAAUUAAAUAUAUUUUAUGUACUAACAAAUGCAUGAUGGUUAAUAGCAGGAGAUUUCAUUUCACCUUUCUAAUGUGAGACUUGUUUUCUAUGCUUACAGCCCACCCAUACGGAUGCACAGCAAGUGCAUCUUAAUUACAUUACAGACAGAAUACAGAUGCCUCCUAGGAAAAACCUGAGUAAAGAAAGUUCCCAGGAGGGAAAGUAAUUAAAAGAAUCUGGCUUGAUUCUGCUGAGAACCGAAGUAUGCACGGCUGUGCACCGGCUGCAUAUAUCUGCAGCGUCCUGCUUCUCGUUUUUGGCAGCCUUCACUUCUGCCCAGCAGCCCAUUGCUCCAGGAGCCAGCCGACCGACCGACCGCGCGUUCCCCAACAGACCGACGAGCGUGGCUCUGGGACCGACUGCCGAGGUGUCUCAGGGGCAGGCGGAGCGUCGGGGGGGCCCCGGAGCGCAGGACUCGUUAGGCGCGCGACUGACUGAACGAACACUAGCCGUCCGUCCCCGUUGCCCUCCGGGCUGCGUUUGCGCUCCCUUUGCACGGGGCGAGGGGCCGUGAGGGAGCCCAGGGGAGGAGGAGGUGAGGCGCUGGGGGGGUCGGGCCAUGCCCCGACCCUGUUCCUGCUGGGCUCCAGCUGCGGGACGGAGCUGAAGGAUCCCCAGGUGCGGGCAGUGAGGCUGAUGGCGACGGCCCCUCCCUGGAAAAGGGGGGCCGCCGGGAGCCCAGGCAGGAGCAGAGCGGUGGCUGGGCUGCGGCUGCCCCUCGGGAGAAGAGGCCACGCUGUGGGUGCGGUUGUCCGUUCGUCCCCCGGGGAUGCCGUUGAAAGCAGCAGCCUCAGGCUUGCGUGGGCUGUCUCUGCCUGGCCUCCCUCUCCUCGCGGCGCGGGAGCGCAGAGGGACAGGCGGAGCACUUACUGGCUGUGGGCAGGAGCUGCUGAAGCUGCAGAGGCCACAGAAAGGUAGAGAAGAAGAAACGGAAGGCCGACUGGCUGGCAGCUGCCUCCUGCUGCAGGCAAGAGAGAGCCUGCCUCUCCGGGUGUGGAAGGAUCCCUCCUCGUAGUCCACAUCAGGUCAGACUGCCAGGGUCUGUAUGCAUGACCGGCAGUGGGGUACGGCCACGUAGCGAGCGAGCGAGGCUACGUGUCUAGGAGGCCUCAUCUCGUAAGAGCUGUGAGACACUCGCGUGUUCUGUUAUGUGGAGGACAGCCAAGCGACUGGAGUUACAGAAGAGCAAGGGAGGAGAGGAGGAGAAAGAAGUGUCUGAGGUGGUGAGGUCUCCUGGCAGCUCCAAGAGCGAGAGCUGUGUUUUGACAGCAGUUGAUAUACAACCUUGUGGAAAGGCCAGACCGUUGCACGUAGCUGGAGCUUGUAAGGAGAAGCAGCUGAAAUCAGCCGGAGCUUCAGCGCGGAGCUGGGGCUUCAGCGAGCCAGAACUGUAGCAAGCGGGAGCUGGAACGAGUGUCACCUUCCGCGUCACACGAAGAAAAUCCCGCGUGGGUAAUUCCGCUUGCUGCUCAGCUGGAUGUCAGCUGGCACCGUUUCGCCGUGCUUGCCCUUUCUUCUGCCAUGACAAUACGAGACAGAUGGAAAGAAUCCAUAGUGGUCUGCAAGUACAAGGCUUUCCCAGGAAGCACUGGCAGCCCUGUAACUAGUGACAGUGAGUCCUGAUUGUUUUUGAUGAGUUACUGCUUCAGUAAUGUAUUUUUUCCUUUAACCUACAGCGUGUCAUUUUGACUUCAGUUGGAAAGAGAUUUUCCAAAAUGGAAGUCUUUGUCACUCAAAGAAAUUUUGUUUUAUGAACUUCCCAUCAGAGUGGAUCUUCAGAGGUGAUCGACUUGACAGUAGAAGUCAUCAGUAACAAGACUUUUCACUCCCUUUAAA